CUUUCAUGGAGAAAAUAUUUCGAUUGUUUUGAAGCAGAUAAGCUCACAACAACAUCAAAGCCAAAGCUUUUUCUUCUCUUGUCAGACAUACAUAACACUUUCACUGUGAGGUGAAAGUGCUUUGGAGUGGAUUCUGAGGGUUCAGUUUGAUCUCUCUUAAAAGGGUAUGUGCUAAUUGAGUUGUUUCGAAAACUAUGGCAUCUUUUCAUGGUAAUGCUCAUUCAGAAACGGCGAAAAUGGAACAAAUAAUUACUGAAUUUUUUGCCAAAAGUCUUCAAAUAAUACUGGAAUCUAGGUCUCCUUAUAUGUCCUCGCGUAAUUACAGCGGGGAACAGGCUGUAUCAUCUCCAUCUUCCUCCUCCUCGUCCUCAUCGAGUGUGAGGCCGAGGGAUAAAUGGUUCAAUUUAGCACUUAGAGAAUGCCCUGCAGCGCUGGAUAAUAUAGAUCUCUGGCGCCAGAGUAAUCUUGAUCCAAUGGUGGUUGAUGUGAUUUUGGUACAGAGACCAGUUGAUUUUGAUCCUGUGAGUUUUUCCCCGAAAAGGAAUUCUGUUAGGAAUCUUUCACUGAAGGAGCGUUAUCCGAUGUUUGUGAAUUCUGAUCAAGAGGAGUUUGGGUGUGAAGAAAAGAGCGAAAAGAUUAUAGAGAGAUGGAUAGUGCAGUAUGAGAGUCGAAUGAGUAGAGAUACAUGUCAUGGGAGCAGCAGGAGGAUGAGCAAUAGUACUUUGUAUAAGAAAACAAUAUUACUUUUGAGGUCUUUGUAUGUAACUGUUAGGCUCUUUCCUGCCUAUAAGCUCUACCAUGACCUCAACUCCUCUAGCCAAAUUCGCCCGUUUACCCUUACUCAUCGAGUAUCUUCUUUUGUUGAACCAUUCACUCGUCAAGAAGAGAGAGAAAUGCAGAAAUUUGUGUUCACCCCUGUGGAUACCUCUUGUGGUAGGCUUUGCCUUUCUGUAUUGUAUCAUUCGUCAGUAUCAGACAUAAGCUCUGAACCAUCAACUCCAUUGUCUCCGCAAGUAAUAACGGAUUACGUUGGAAGCCCAUUGGCAGACCCACUUAAGAGGUUCCCGUCAGUUCCCGUGCCAGGGUCAGCAUCACACGGUUCUCCAUCAUUUUCCCCAUUCGUGAGGCGGCAUAGUUGGAGUUUUGAUCUUAAUAGAGCUUCACAACCAUUCACUUCUUUCUCCCCUUCACCUACCCAUUCUGAACCACACGCUACAAAUUCUAAUCCCAGCUCCCGUCGUUUCCCACCUUCAAGCUUGCCUCCUCAUCCUCCAGAAACAUCUUCGAUGCAUAAGAAAGAUCCAAAUUUUGACGAGUAUUUUCCUUCACCUUUUUCCGCCUCUCCCUCCCCUUCUGCCUCUCCAUCACCGCCAAUUCGUAUUCCUGGAAGUCAUCUCUCAAAUGCCCUUCUACGAUCUGAGAGUGCUCCAGUUGGCAUACCUACAGCUAAGCUUGCCAAUUCCCCUGCAUUCAAGCAAAACCUGCCUCCAUCUCCACCCCUAAAAAGUUCAAAGUCUAGUACUUCUAGGUCUGACAAGAGCACGGGGGUGACUCACUCUGGCACUCCAAAUGAGAAGUUGAGACAAUGUUCUGGGCUGAAGCUAUCAUCCAACAACUCACCACGAGUAUCGUUUUCAAGAAGCUCCAGCCGGUCUUUUCCUGAUGACUUUGAUGAGUCUGACUUUGCUUGUGCAUUUGAUGUGGAAGUGGAAGAUAUUACAGAUCCUGGUAGCAGGCCCGAAUCCUUUGAGCAAAAUGUACCUUUAUGUGAUCCACUUGAGCCUGGGGGAGGCUCAUACGCAACAAGGAAAUCCGCGGACGCCGCUGUUGGUGCACUUGUUUUGAUGUUGAGAAAAGCGCCGCCACUCCGGCAAGAUUUCUCCAAGUCGGUUGCGAAUUCAUCUGGGGUGCCAAGGGUCGAGACCUGGGGUGAUAGCAACACUGUUCUAGAUUCCAAUCAGAUUUCCGAGGGACUAGUCCCGGUUCAGCAUGUUGCUUCUUCAAGUGUGAUGGCCUCGGGACUUGUCACAUCGAAAACAACAGCUGAUGCGUUAGAAGAGCUCCAAGGGUACCGGGAUUUGAAAAACUUUCUACUAAGCCAAGGGAGCAAGUCUCACAUAUAGUGAGGUACAUGGUGUGUUUCUGAAGCAUAACAUAUACUUACCAUUAAGGGUGUUACUGGUUUUUAGAUCUUACUUGGUACAUAUAGAAGGUUUGACAUAUGUACAGUUUUUGGUCCAAGGUUUCUUGUUUUUGUGCUAUACGGCUAAAGUACUUGUCAUGUUUUGUCGCUAAAAAUUUUCUUUUUUUGUAUAUAUCGAUAUAUAUAUGAGGGAGAAUUUUAUAAUAGAAGUUUUGAGUAAUCCUCAUGAUUUCGUGAAAGGAUUUG